AUUGUGGGGUAUUGUGUGCAGAUUGAUGGGGAAAAAAACAUUUCAUUAAUUUUAGAACAAGGCUGUAACGUAACAAAAUGUGGACAAAGUCGAGGCAUCUGAAUACUUCCGAAUGCGCUGUACAUUAUUUUAAUAGCAGAACACUGUAAAGUCCUUUAUUCCUCUGAAGAGUAUGAAUUAGGCUGUUUGAGAUGAUUUGAAUCCUAAGAAACCUGCAUACACAUCGUUUGAAGUACAACAUACCAACAUUUCUACUGUAGUAGGUCAAAGCAGUAUUCUGGAAAACCUUGGACGAGCAUGGGUGAGGUAGGCAUGGUGAUGCCCAUGUGAAUUUCUUUUAUUUUUUGACUUCGGACCAAUGCCUACUUCUCACUUAAAACAUGUUUUUUUGUUUUUAAUUUCAAUGGUUUAUUCACUGGAAGGUGAUUAUACAAAAUUAUAUAACAUUUCCACAUGCAAAAGGUGUCUUUCAAAAAUGUAAUUUGCGUUUCAAAUUGUGUUAAUUUAUUGUCCAGGGCAUGGUAUCCCAAAAGCAUCUUGCUAAGUUCAUCGCUAGAACCUUCGUAGUCUCAUCGUAAAAUCUCAGACCUGUUUCCCAACACUUGUUAUUUAGCGACUUUCUCAAACCUCUAGUAGAACAGCUAACUGGGUCGUUAGAUGCUUUUUUUUGCCCUUCAGCAUCACUUUAUAAGCAGAAGUUCUCCACCAAACAUAGAAUCAAGACGUUUAUCUGUCUCUACGGCUGACAAUAACUUCAGAACAAAGUUGACUACAGUACAACGUUACCAAUGUCUUUGCAAUUGUUAUGAACAAGAAUAGGGUUAAGCAAGGCUUAUAUGACUGUACCUGACUUAACAUUUUAACAGAGGUAAUAAUAGAGAUGUCAUCCCACAGAUCUACUGUACCUGUAGAAGCAGAGGUUUGAAGAAUGAAUAUCGUCCCAGGUCAAAUCCAGUUCCAAUUACAAUUACCAAUGGUGUCUGUGGUUCCAAGGAAAACGGAUCCAAUUAUAAAAUGCAUUAUUGACAGAAAGUUGGAGAAACUAAAGAAAUUGAUCAGGGGUGGCAAGGACUUGAAUGGACUGUACCCUUGUGCUGAGUGGAAGGAUGAUGUUACCCCUUUAAUUGCUGCUGUUGCAUUUACAAAUGACAAUAUUUGUACAUUUCUUCUGAAAGAAGGUGCUGACCCCAACAUCCAAUCAACAAAUGGUUGGGUUCCUUUGCAUUAUGCCUCAAUGUCAAAAGCUCCUGUCAGUUUAGUGAGUAGACUCAUCGCAGCAAAAGCAGAUCCAGAAGGGGCACCAAUCCAGAUGUUAACUCCACUUCAAUUGGCGGCUAACAAUGACAGAGAAGACAUUGUGAAAGAGUUGAUGAUGUCUGGAGCAUUUGCUGAAAGAAAUCUCAAAGCAUAUCCCGCUACUGACCAAAAGAUAGCAAGCAUGAUUCAGAAAUUCUCUUCAGAGAGUGAGAAUUUUGUCAAAUUGAAGAUUUUUUAUGAUUUUUUUGUGCAAUAGAACUCAAAUCAGUGGAGGAUCUUUUCAAUGAAUAUGGCAAACACAUGCUGGUGGUGAACCCUGUGAAUCAUCUCACACUAUAUGACAUGUCUUUUAACGCCAUUGGACAAAAUAUGGAUCAGUAUCGUCAAGCAUCCAUAAAGUGGCUGAGAGAAUCUCAGAAAAUUGAUCUCUACAUUGAGGAGGCAACCAAUCGCUUGCCUAAAAUUCCCAAACAUUUACAAGAUAUGGUAGUGAAUUGCUUGACAGCUGUUUUUAACAUUAUGAAAGAAAUAUCUCUUGGACUGUCACUGGUAGUAAUACCCACUCUUCUGAAAUACCUCACACAUGAAUCCAAAAGUACCCCUCAAGGACUAAAUCGCAACAUUUCAGUUGUCAAACUACUGUAUGUGAUUACUCAUAAAGCUCAAAAUCACAAACAUGGCUGGACCCUCCCUUUUGUUGAGGAGUUAUGCAAGAGGAUCAUCUCAUUCACUGAUCAAGCAUAUCUCGCCAAUCCUCAGACCUCCAGCUUAGGUGUCUUUACAUUUGGUUUGCUUGCAGAUCUGUACACCUUCGAUUGUGUACCUGCGAUUAUCACAUCACGAGGGAUAACCUCUGUGCCGGAGAAAAUACUUGUUACUGCUGAAAUGGAGAUGGAUGAAGACCUGAAAGAAAAGCUAAGGAAAUUAGAUAUGUUCCUACGAAGUCCAGUCCCACCAACGGAUACAACUGAACAAUUGCAGGGAGUGAAUCUGUCAAAGAAGAAGAAGAAGAAGAAGAAGAAAAAAAAGAAGAAGAUAAUUCAGGAAGAGUUGUCGGUAGAGAAAAGUACACCUGACAUGACUGAGAAGCCAGAUCUUGAUGCUUCAUCAAUUCCAGUUGAAGAAUCUGGUGUACAUGGGGAAAAUUCCAGUGUUAAACCAUUUCCCUCCACCACCGACGAAUUGAAACCCCGGAAAUGGCACAAAGUUAGUGAGCGGUGGAGGCCUCAGUUGGAGGAACUCAGCAACAUAGAUGUAGGCAAGGUUUACAGAUUGGGAAAUCUCAAUCUUGUCGUCCAUCCGGAUUUCCAAAUAGCCAAAGGAAGUGAUGGAACUGAAGUCUUUCUGGGCUUGAAGGAUGAUGGUACUGAGGUAGCCGUGAAGAGAAUGCUCAAGUCAAACUAUCAAGAUCUGAAGAGAGAAGAGGGUUUUUUAAGACUACCUCAGCUGGAUAGUCCCUGCAUUGUGAGAUAUGUGGACUUUGCAGAGGACGAGCACUUCGGUUACCUUGUUCUUCAGCUCUGUGAAUACACCCUUGAUGAAUACAUCAAAGACCACCUACCAGAGGACAAAACCCCUGUCCUGAAGAAAAUAGUGCACGAGGUGCUCUGCAGUCUAAGCGUUCUGCAUAGUCUAAACACAAAAAUUCUGCACCGGGAUAUAAAACCCCAGAAUGUUUUAAUAGAUGUUACAGGCAGAGCGAGAUUAGCCGAUUUCGGUAUAAGUCGACAAUUGAACAUGGGACAAACAACUCUACAUACAAUCAGUGCAGGAACAAAAUGUUGGAAGGCCAGAGAAACUUUAGAUGAAGACAGUGGGAUCGGAUAUAAGAGGAGCACCGAUAUUCAGGUGGCCGGGAUGUUAAUGUAUUACAUCAUCUCUGGUGGACAUCAUCCAUUUGGCAAAGGCAUCCAUUGUGAAGUUAACAUUUUUCAAGGGAAGUACACACUGGAACAUGUUGAGGAUGAAGUGGCCAAGGACCUCAUUGAGUGGAUGAUCAAUGAAGACCCAGAGAAGAGACCUACAGUGGAGGACACACUGGCCCACCCAUACUUCUGGCCAGAGGAGAGGAGAGUGGAGUACUUACGAAAAAUUGGUAACGAGAAGGAAGCAGAGAACUGUCGCAAAGCAGACCCAGGACUCCUUCAUGCUUUGGACCAGUGUGCUGAGGCGAGGUCGUUUACAAAGUGGAAGUCCAAGAUACCGCCUGAGUUGAUGAACAAGUUGGAUGGUAAAAAGAAGGCCUACCCAGACAACACAUUGGGUUUGUUGCGCUUCAUACGCAACCUUCAUGAGCACUACAUUGAGGAUGCGGAUUCUGUUGACAUAUUGACAAUGUUCCCUGAUCUCUUUGGAUGCGUCUACAAGUUUGCGAAGAAAAAGGAGUGGAAUUCAAGAAGUAGUCUGAAGAAAUGGUUUCACAGAGAAGAUGUAAGAUAAUGAUUCUGACAUUUGGAAGAUUAAACACUGACUAACUUCUGAAAUGUUGUCUUGA